GUGGGAUUGAAGGGGGACAAAUCCAAAUCAUCAUUCUUGUGCCCAUCCCCGAGCCGCGCGUGCGGAGUGAUGUAUCCGGUACUGACACAUGACCUUGCCACUAUGAUCGCGCCACCGUUUCAGCACCGUGUUCUGGUCUCGGAACCGGCUGCGGCCAUUAUGGUCGGACCUGCACGCAGGAGGGAUUUCGUGCAGUGGGAUCUGAUGUCCAAUCUUAGCUUUCACAUCGAACCGACCAGUGGACGUCGGUUCCACGAGGCAAGAACACGUUUUACUACGUGACGAAUACAGCGAAUACUUUAAGCUGUUCCCCACGCCGACUUCCUGUGAUUUGAUUCAGUUCAGUCGACUCAGAGACUGCCUUACUUGGUCACGUGUUUUCGGUCAUUAAGUAGAUGCCCAAAUAGAGUGACAGGGUCAAGUGUCAGUUCGUCCCACUUUGUAACCCGACAGCGGGGACGGGAACGAGUUCCCUUGUCUUGUGGAUGUCUCGCCCUACCUGGAAGAGAAUCCUGUGGCAGAGACAGCCAUAUCCCGACAAUUAUAUACCUGCCGACUCAUUUUUGGCCUCCUUGAGGCGAAACCCCAAUUUCACCCCAUACACAUAUUGGCCUCUAGUACUUGCAUGCUGUCCGAUUACACAACAUCUUGGCACGAUCUUUAUAUUCGUCGCAGUGUUUGUAAGACUACAGCAACGCUCCCUGGAUGCCCGCGUAUUACUAUGGAUUUCUGUGGCCUGUUUCUUGGCUGGGUAUCUCGUUUGGGAGGUCCUCAACUAUUCCGCCCCUCCACGCGGCCCAUCUGGACAUCACACUGAGUACAUCCGAUCAGGUUUCAAAGCAUUAAAAUCGUCGCUACUUUUUUUCCUCACACUCAUGGGAUUGGCCCCCGUUUUGAGGACCUUGACCGCAGCAACUUCGUCAGAUUCUAUCUGGGCACUCUCAGCAUGUCAGUUCCUUCUGAACACAUUGCUGGCUGAUUAUGGCUGCACAAACGCCGGUUCACAAUCACAGGAAAGGCUAACCUCCGUCCUGUCUAUGAAUGCGGCGGUGUCAUCGUCUGUCGUUCUUGCCUCACGUCUACCUGACGACUUAUCUGUUUUUUCGCUCGUUCUAUUUGCUGUGCAUCUGUUCGCGCUGUUUCCGAUGCUGCGCCACCGAUUCAGAGUCGUCCCGCCAAUUUUGCAAGUAACACUGACGGUGUCUAUCUCUGCGCUUUCGUUUUCCCUCAUCAUGUCUUUAUCGCCGUUUGUCAUUGCGUUGACCUUUGGCAUAUACGUCACGAUAAACGUUGUAGCUCCAGGCGUCCUUGUCUGGGCACAAAGAUACAAAAAUGAAAUCAGAGGGCCGUGGGACGUCGCGGUCCCUAGGGUGAACGGCAAUGAAAUUCAAUGUAAUUGA